UUCUAACCUCAAAUAUAAAAUGAAUAAAAAUAGCAACAAUAGAGAAGGAAGUUAAUUAAUGAAAGGGAAUGCAGCGAAUUCUUGGGUGAAAUUGUGCCAUAAAAUAUCGGAUUUGAAUUAGAAUUACAUCAUUCACAUUGGGUUUGAUUAAGAUUAUUUCAGAAUGGAGAAAAUGAGAAAUUUAAAUGAUAGUAUCUUUAGUGAAGAAAAUUGCAACGUACUGAAUCAGUUAAUGCACGCUUGUGCUGAUGAAAUAUGUGGAUAUCCAAGUCCAACUUAUGAACAAUUUAACAACAGUAUGGAGUGGACUAAAGAAGAAUACGAUACUGCUCAUCGUAUAAUUUCUUCUAUUUUGAACAAUCCUGUUUGCUUGUACUUGAAUGAAGAAAGGAUGCCACUUGAAUAUCAUGCGCUGCCGGAGCAGGUACAACAAAGAAUUUGCAGCUGCUUAAAAGUUCGAAGAGAACAACUUACUGAUGCCUUAUUAAGAAAGCAAUCCAAGAAUUGCGUGCCUACCUUGCGUGACUUCGAUUGGAGAUUAAAGCUAGUUAUGGGCUCUAGUAAGAUGGCAUCUUUGCGAGAACCUCUUUUACAACUAGACCUAAUGGUCGAGGAAAAAGAAAACGAAAGACUCUUAGGUAUGGAAUUAAAUAAAGACGAGUUAGAUAUGGUAAUAAAUAGUCUUGAAUCAGCAGUGCAGUAAAAAAAAAGAAAGUAGGAAGCCAAAAAGUACUGAUAUUUUCAGUGCAGUGUAAAUAAUUAAGAUUAACUAAGAAUAAUAAAUUACUAUAUUAACAAC